UUUUGUCGUUUUUAAUCCCGGUAUGGGUCAAUUGUUUGCGAUUUUGUGUCCGGUUGUUUUGAAUGAUGUUCGGUUGUUGUGUUGGAAGUCUAUCGCUGGGGGUUAGGAUUUUUGAUUCUUGAUUUGCUAUUUCCAAUUCUUUGGAAAUGGAUUGGGUUGUUUUUGGUGCAUUCAAUGUUGGGACUGUUUUGAUAGAUACAGGACAUCAGUUUUAUUUUAUGAGGGUUGAUUUGGUUGCGAUUAAUCGUCUUUGGGUGGUUGGAGUGGUCACUGUUACUCGACGUGCUGUAGCAAUUUCCUAUGUGAACGUUCCCAAGCGCUCAAAGAAUUCAAGCCAGAGUGAUUGUCUCCUUGAUGUUGGGGAUGAAAAAUUUUGGGAAGAAGCACGGUGCCCAAUUUGUAUGGAGCACCCACAUAAUGCCAUCAUAUUACGUUGUUCAUCCCGGGAUAAAGGUUGUCGUCCUUUCAUGUGUGAUACAAGUUAUCGUCAUUCCAACUGUCUUGAUCAGUUCUGCAAAUCAGCUGCUGCAUCCUCUGUGCCAAAUUUACAUAUAGAACAGCAAGCUAAACUUUUGUGCCCCCUUUGUCGGGGAGUGGUAACUGGAUUGGAUGUCGUGCAGCCAGCACGGAGGUUCAUGAACUCCAAAACAAGAAGCUGCUCUUUGGAAACAUGCAACUUCAGUGGAGAUUAUGAUGAGCUAAGAAAACAUGCAAGGCAGGAGCACCCUUUUGCACGCUCAUCUGAGGUGAGCCCCACCCGGAAAUCCAAUUGGGAAAGACUAGAGCAAGAAUGGGAAACCCAAGAUGUGUUGGUACAUCAAUCAGGUGUCGAUUAUGACAUGAAUGCCUGGGAAAAUUUUUGGGGUGGCGUUUUGGAUUUCACAAGUGGAAUAUCUGACAGUGAGGAUGAUUUAGCAGAUGAGAUGUAUGCCAGCCUGCCUUUCCCCUUGGUUUAGUCUGGAUCCACCUAUGCCAGAGGAGGAUACACGGAAUUUUGAUAGCACAAGAAGUAGAAACAGAUGCCAGAGGACAAGUGUAUCAUCAAAUUCAGGUUUGAGGACAAAUAAUCAUGUAAGAAAUGUGUUGCCAAUACCAGGGUCUGGAUCUAGAUAUUCUGGUCAAAAUGUAGCAGAUAUAGGAGAAAAUUUUUAUAUUGGCUAUUCAACGCCAAGAAGUUAUCUCAGUGAAAAUCCGCAACUGGAUCAAGUAGUCCUGGUGAGGACUAUACCCUCCUAGUGUUAGGAAUAGGUCAAGAUGAAGCCAUCUGCUACUUAACUUAACAUUUCCCUGGCACUUCAAGAUGGCUGGAUUCUCAUAUAGGCCAUGAAGAAUAUCCACAACUGACGGCUUCUACUGCUGUUAUUUAGGAGGAUGGUAAUGAGAUUAACUUUUUAUUGUUUUGAAAUGUUGAAGCUCUUUACAAUUCGAUUGAUUUGGGUUUUGGUUUUUGGUUUUCCUGGGAUAUACCUCGGAGUAUAUCCUUUUUCAUGUAUUUGAUGUAGUUUUCAAAUCUUUUACCUUCUUGUAUCCCCACCUUGCAACUAAAGGACUAAAAUGGGUAUGCCAUGAUAUAUAUAUAUAUAUAUAUAUUUAAAGAAUGAAGUAGCUUGGAUUGUUCCUUCUCAAUGCAAGAAAAAAUCAUUCCUGACUAUGUGGGAA